GAUACAUCAAGAAAAAACGACCAUAUUUAUCAUUCACUGAAGUAAUCACAGGGAAAUAUGAGGAAUUUUCACUUUUCUUCGACGCGAACUGUUUGUUUGAUGGGGGUGUUCAAACACCGGAGUCCAAAAAACGCGCUCUUUCUACCGCUUAUUCCGGAUUUAUAGACGAGAAGAGACUCUCGACAGGAGGAGUGAUUGAUAAUAAGAGCUACAUACAAGACAACUUUUUGUUUUGUUUUGAGGUAUUUCUUACCAGAGCACAUUUUCGGUUUGGAGCCGUGAAGUUUGGAGAUGGAGAGGAUUCGCGCGCUCGGAUGGAAGUUUUCUCUCCAAACAAACACACCGAGGGAAACUCGUCGACUGGAUUAUGAAACUGCAAAGAAACAGCGCUCAAAUAAAAGUAUAGUUGAAGAUAUUCUCCGCGGUGGUAUGGAAAUAUGAUGAUGAUGAGCGGGAGAUCCGCUUGUGCGUAAUGGACACAUAACGAUAACACCAGGAGGAGGAUCUUAAGGUACAGGCUUGUAUUGCCGUAGCAAUGAUUGCCACAGGAGGGGUGAUCACAGGCCUCGCAGCAUUGAAAAGGCAAGACUCCACACGCUCUCAGUAUCAUCUGUCAGCCCAGAACCCCGGCCCGGCACCUGAGAAGAAAACCACCAAGCGGAAGCCUCGAGCGGACGUGGUGGUGGUGAGAGGGAAGAUCCGGCUGUACUCCGCCUCAGGGUUCUUCCUGGUUUUAGGAGUGCUGAUCCUCAUGGCAGGAAUCGCAAUGGCAGUUCUGGGAUACUGGCCUCACAAGGACCAGCAGAAGGCCCCGCAAACCAAGAUGUCCGCAAACAACACGCAGACCAUCAGCCGAGAGCAAGCCGGCUCCAUCGCACAGUUCCUGGAGCAGCACAUGCAUUCAGAGAAGAUGAAGAUGUUGGGUCCUUUCACAAUGGGAAUCGGGAUUUUUAUCUUCAUCUGUGCUAAUGCAAUCCUUCACGAGAACCGGGAUCGAGAGACAAAGGUCAUACACAUGAGAGACAUGUACUCGACCGUUAUAGACAUACACAGCUUGCGGAUUAAGGAGCAGAAGUGUACUAACGGAGCAUAUAUGGGACCCUACGGGGGGGACACUGAGAUCCGUACCUUUGGACUGGACAGCCAGUUUGCCUCUCGGCUCGCAGCAAACACACUGAUGUCCUUCUCGGGUUUGGAUGGAGAUGUGCGGUUCUCCCACAGGACUAGUUCUGCAGAUGAUGAUGAAGGUUUAAUGAGCGAGGCUAGAGGCGGAUUUUGUUUGCUGUCGCCCACCUAUAAGGACCGUUCUGAAUGUAUAUUUGGGUUCCAGGAUGAUGGUCGGUGGGAAGACAGACGCGGAGCUCUUAAAAAAUGCCAAACACGUUCCAUUGUUUCCUCCUCCAUCAGUGCGUUCACACUGCCUGUCAUUAAACUCAACAAUUGUGUCAUCGAUGAACCAGACAUCGAUAGCAUAACUGAAGAUUUAGAGCAGAGCAGGGUGCACUCCAGACCUCCAUCAAUGGAGUCGCUGACGGUCCCGGUUCCAGACAUUGCCAAAGCCUUCAAACCCCCAGGCGUCCAACUUCUGCGGAGCAACUCAGCCACUGAAUCCGCCAGCUCCACAUCUUCCCGCUCAUCCCUCUCUCCGGGAUCCACCAGCGGAAGAUUCCUGUCUCCGGGAGCUGCGCGUAAAGACUUCGGCUCCAAUAACUCCAUCCACAUGCUGUCCGCCCACUCCAAAUCCCUGGAUCUGGAAAGAGGACCCACCAAGCUGACCGUCCAGCCUGAGCAACGGAAACACCCCAGCUGGCCUAGAUUGGACCGCAGCAAUAGUAAAGGAUACACCAGACUGGAGAACAAAGAGGACCCUAUGGACAGAUUAAUAGUGCCCCCGGUGGACGUGAAGAAGGACUACACUAAAAAGGAAAAACUUCUUAUGAUCUCGAGGUCGCACAAUAACUUGAGCUUCGAGCAUGACGAGUUCAUGAGCAGCGGCCUGAAGAGAGGCACCUCGGAGACCAGGUUUUAAAACUGAGCCAAAUGUAAAUCCCCCACAAUCCAACGGCAAUACAGGAGACUUGGAGGGGUGUUCACAAGACUGGCCUGAAAGCUUCAUAAACAUAGUUAUUAAAGGUGUAGUAGGUGAUCUGCCAGAAUGCUAUGGUUAACAUAGCUUAAAAAUUGACAUAACUCUCCAAAGCCAUGCCUUUAUUUAUUUAUUUUCGGGGGUUUCACCUUUAAUUGACAGGACAGUAGAGAGUAUUGACAGAAAAGUGUGGGGAGCAGAGAUAGGGGAAGGACCACAAGGCAGGAAUUGAACCCAGGUCGCCGUGAGCUCCGGAAUGCAUAUGUCGACACAUUAACCACUACACCACUGGCGCCAACCAUGCCUUUAUAAGUCAUGAACACGCACUGAAUAAAUGACGAUCUGAUGACGGUAGACAACACUAGGUCGUGUCAUUCACUAGUUAGAAAACUCAAUGGAGACACACACUUUGUCCAGCGUAGUUGUUAACAGGUCAGCGGGUGCAGGAGUUAUAUUUCCCCAUAACUGGCAUUGGGGUAAAGUUGGUUUUAUAUCCGCACAUUCAGAUUUUCUCCUUAAUAAUAUAAUUUCUGUAAAGUAUUGUUUGCCAUUUCUAAAUAGUGAAAUCAUAUCAGCCAGUGACUAUAAAAUACAACAUUGUUCACAGUCAAUGAAAUAGAACAAAUUAGAAUGAAUAAAAAUGAACGAAUGUGCGAAUAUAAAUCAAACUGCACCUCAGUACCUGUCGUGAUUGAUUUAUCGGCCCGAAAAUAUUUAAAUUGGAUGAACAUUUUUUCGUUUUAUGCCUCAUCCAGAAUAUAAAAAUACAUAUAAACACAUUUAGAUUAUUUACUUUAAUCAUUACUACUGGAAUGUGAAGAAACUUUCAACCAGCACAACCAAACAUGCUUCUGAAGACAAUCGCCUACUGCUCCUUUAAGUGUCAUUCACUCAGAUGUUAUUUUAAAUGCAAAGAUGAGAUUGUUUGAGAUAACUUGACAUUAUCUAGAGUGCAUAACCUGUCAUAAAUCUGUCAUAAACAUGAUUGUCAUGAGGCCAUUAUAAUUGUGUCAUUACUUUUAUAACAGCGUCAUUAAUAUAUUUCUUGAC